AUGGCAAAAAGAGUACCUCUUGUAAUCAUUUUGCUAAGAGUGCCAUUUAGACUGGCUGUUGCUAUUAAAGAUUAUACGAAUAAAUGCUUAUCGCUUCUUUUUCAAGCUCUCUUUCAAUUUAUCAUCUUUGCACUAUCUAUUUUUAACUUCAGAAAAGGAUUCAUUCAGCUUGCCAUCAGUGGCUUUAUAAAAUCGUUUGUUAUAUCAUCGUCUACAACAGGACUUAUCUACUAUUAUAUAAAACUUUUAAGCCAACUAUGAUAUUAUGAGCAUUAUAUUAUAUCUAGCUUAAUUGUUAUAGCUGAAAUCAUAGUUACAUCAUAUAUACUCAAAAAAGGAUGGAAUUUAGUGCCAAUUGAGCUUAAAGAUCGAUAUAUAACCCUCGUUAGUCAAGGAUUUAUGGAUUUCAUCUCUCUAAUUUUGACUAUCUUAACUAUUCUUACAAUAGUUGGAAUUAGUGAGAUAAAAAACAGACCAGAAGAUGCUGAUCAAUAUUUUAUUUUUAUAUUGCAAGCUUUGACUUCAGGGAUAUCAAAUAUCAUUGAGCUCCCUUUUAUGUCACUACUGAUCAUUUUCCCAUGAAGACUCUAUAUAUAUCUUGACAAAGUAUCUGAAAUGCAUGGAGCAGGAAAUAAAAUAAAAUGGGCUUUAUUUUGUUUUUUAAAUGGAUUUAUUGAUAUUCCAUUUGCAGUAAUGGCAAUAAUUCUUAUGGUGACUAUAUUUAAUCUCAAAUUCAUGAUUUGCCACAUAAAAAAUCGUGAACUUUCAAGAAUGUUAAUAUUUGAGAAAUUUUUACAUUUGAUUUUGAUUCCAAUCUUUAUAGUAAUAGCAAUGAUUGUAUUUUGCGGAAUAGUAAGGGCAAGAGCAUUAUACAAAACACUGAGGGCCAGUAUGUCAGAGGGCAGUCGUGCUUUUGAAAUCAUUAUGCAUUUUGUUGAUACAGUUAUUUUUAUACCUGGAUUUGUUGGAUUUCUGCUUGUUCUAAUACCUUUUUAUAGAUUUAAGCAUUUGGAAUUUAAUUUUGAUAAAAUUUCAAACAAUAGUGAUGAUUAUCAUACCUUUCUUGUAAAUAUUAUCAUUCAAAUAGCGAUUGAAAUUGCUGAUUUUCUCCACAUUUUGUUGCUUGCGCUUUGUGUUGUAUUUUUUUAUCGGUUUAUCCCAUUUAUUAAGGAUUUUAAAUUCAAUAUUCUCUGGCAUAUUGAAGUUGAAGAUCUUUUUAUUCGUUGCAUUGCAGAUGUUCCUGCAACUAUUUUUGGCCUAUUUAUUUUGAUCACCUUAUAUAGAAUUCCAUUGACUUUGAGGAGAAAAAAAUUCAAUAAAGGUCAUCAUUGGCUUAAGUUAACAAGUGAGAUAAUUAAGGAAAUUUUAAAAGAUUUUUUAGUGAUGCCUUUUUUUAUAGCAAAGCUUAUUUGUCCUUGGAGACUGAUUCCUACAAUUAUGCAAAUAUGAAAAACAAGCAAUCCAAAAGAUCAGAGAAAAAUCAUGAAGGAGGGUGGCUUCAGACCAAUAGAAGAUUAUGUAACCAUUAUUUUGGCAGUUAUUUUAUUUUUAUCUGUUUGGAGAACAGCAGAAAUUAUUUCUUUGAUGGUAACUCAUAUCCGUCAAAUAAUUAAGCACGAAGUAGUUACUUCAUCCUUAUUCAGAAAAGUCUUUAGAAAAUUCUGUCAGCUCUUAAUUGAUAUUUUCAUGGUAUUUCUCAUGCUUUUAAUUUUAGUAAUGAUAAUAGAGGUCCCAAAUCUUAUCAGAAGAAUGAGAUCCUUCUAUUUACUAUAUAAAGAGAGAAGAGGUUUUCGAUUUUUUUCUUAUUUUGCUUUUCUUUUUCCAAAAAAACAGCCUGCUAAAGAGAAAAAAGAAGUCAUUAAUAAACUCAGUAAAAACGUUUUUACAAAUAUUAGCAGUUUUUUAGACAUGAAAGCUUUGGGAAAUGUUGCGCAGGCAAAUAAAAAAUUUAAGGACUUAGUUUCGUUUCAGCCUAUUUGAAAAGAGCAAUAUGAAAAAUAUUGGAAAAAUUAUAUACCUGCUAGCUCUGUAAGAGAAAUGGCAUGGGAUGAUGACUAUAAGAAACUGGCGGUUGAAGGUUACACUAAUUUUAUUCAGCAAAAUAAAGAUGUUAUUUUAGAUGAGGAAGAAAGGGGCUUUAGAAUGGGGGCACGGGCGAUUGUUCUUGAAGAGUUUAUAUUAAGUAUAUUUGGAUUCCCUCAUAUUAUUGCAUUGCCUGCAAAAGCUGCAAUUUAUUUUUUAUCAAAAAUUAAUUAUAAGCUGUAUUUCCAAACCCCGAGAUAUUCAAAUCUAUUUUCUUAUGAAAUUUGAAUUAAUCCUAGAGAAAGUUUUACCACAGCUUAUAAUUUAGUUGAGAUUAGCUUUAAAAAAGAUGAGCAGGUCUUAAAAAACUUUUACCAUGUCCAGUGAAAUUGUCUUUAUAUCAUUAUCAGCAAUGCUAUGGUUAUAGUUGAGCAGGUGUGUUUUUUUAUUUGUGGAAUCGAUUUACUUUUACUAAAAAUAUUUUCGUUUGGAACUAGCAUUCCUCUAACUCCCCCCCUCUGUGAGCAAGCAAAGCCAUUAGAAAAAUCUCUAUUUUUUGCCCAAAAAUCCAAAAUAUUUUUAUAGAAAAAAAUUUUAUGAAAAACAAUUAUAUAAAGAUAAUUAUUAUAAAUAAAAUCUCUAGCUAAUUCUGCUUUGCAUUUUAAAUAUAAAUUUGAAAAUUUAAAUUAAUUUUUGCUUCUCAAAUUUUGCAUAUUUUUUUAAAUUUAAAAAAAAGUUUUCUAUAUAAAUGUUUUUUAACAAAAAAAAUUAACCCCCUCUGUGAGUGAACAAAAUUUUUUUGUUCGCUCAUGGAGGGAAUAAGAGCAGCAGUUAUUCAAAGAAAUGCCCAGUUGAAACCUUUUCUAUAUAGUUUACAGCUUGGAAUAUCAUUAUUAAUUAUAUCAACAAAAUUUUUGAUCCUGGUGUGUCCUUUUAUGAUUUCAUACCAGUUUACUUCUUAUACUUUAAUAGGUUGCAUCUUUGGACCUGGAUGCUUAAAUAUUCUGGUUUACUUUAUUCUUUACUGCAAUCUAAUGACAAUUUAUGUGUAUUUUGGGCAUUUUCCUCAAUUUCGUCCCCACUUGGCAGGAGCUUUUCUAUUGAGUUUCGGGAAUAGGGGGUUUGAUAUAGGCAAGAUUUUAGUAUGUGCUGUUGGAAAAUUUGUGAAUUCUGCACUGGAUGGACUUAGUGGACUGUUAAAAGGGUUAAAAGUCUUUUUGCCUAAAGGGCAGAUAUUUAGGCUUUACAAAGAAAUCUUAAUUUUUAGUGGAGAGAAGCUUAAAAAUUGGGGCUAUUUGGGGGAUUUAAUAUAUACUCCCUUAGUUCUUAUUUGGAUUUUUUGGCCUCUGCUUAUUCCAUAUUUAUUUGAAAAUUGGUAUCUUUUGUUUCCCAUUUUCCCUCUUGUGGUGUUUUUACUCCUCAAAGGCUACUCCAUUGCAAAAGCCUCAUGGGAAGAUGAAAAAUAA